UCAACAUGACCACUAAAUUCAGUUGAUAAACAUAUCCAUUAAAUUUGGAAAAUUUGAUGUAAUUUGUAAGCCAAACAAUGUGCGGUGAAGUCACUGAAAGGUCUUAUAUUAAAUUUGUCAACAACACAGUAUCACUGAGCUCAAGCUCUGCAACCCUACAAUAAAACUGUAAAAAUGUAUGCGAUCAUUUCUGUAACAAAUCUUGAUUAUAUAUUGAUUAUAUUUUGUAUUUGUUGAUGAUUUUUCUUUGAAGUACUGUACAGUGUGUGAGGAGACAGCUGUGCAAUUUGUCUUUAAAUAUUAAUAUGAAUUGGUGGAAACGUUUAUUGGGCAGAGAGUUUCUACUGAAUGAAUACAUGAACAUUGUUGUGUGUGAUAGUGUCAGUAGCUACAUUUUAUUUGGUUAAUUGCAAAUCAGCAAAGUAAAAGAUUUCGAUAGCACUUUAAUGGACUUCCAUUCUGCUGUUUAUUUAAGAUCGUCAUUCAGUUAAGGAUUUGUUGCCCUGCUUGCUGCCAUCAUUAAAACAAACAAAAACCCAACAUGUAGUCAGACUGUGCAGCCUUAGACUUUUUCUCGAGACUUAUUAGUUACCUAAAAGUAUUGUUGGAUAACCUGGAGAAUCAAGAGCUGAGAUAAAUUAUUAAAGGAAAAGUGUUUAAGGGAAAUAAAGUCUAAAUAGUCCAAAAACCAGAAACAAGCAACGGUAGGAUUGUACAAAUGUUCAAAUUUAAUAGAUCAUUACGCGCUUUCUUAAACAUCGACCCGGGUGUUUUCAGUUACACUGUGACACGCUGAGGUCUUUUUGUCUUAAGUGCUAUAAACAUUUUCUUAAUUCUCAAAUAUUCAGCCCAGGCAUGGAUAUCAUUCAUUUAAGCAUGUCAGAAAAAAUCUUUCAGAUAUAAUAAUCUGAAUUUUGUUAGUUAUGAGGAAUUUGUACAUUUGUACAUAAGGCAAACUUUUAGCUCAGAUAUUUUUUCAGACUAAAAUAAAAUACACGUUUUUUUUACUUAAAGCUCUGGAAAUGUCUGAACAUGUAAACUAAUUAUUAUUAUUAUUAUUUUUUUGUUUAAUGGAGCAAAUAGAUUUUCCAGCGCUUAGUGAGUCUAUGUGCAGGGUUUUCUCGUUUGCAGUGACUGUUACACAUUCGGACCGCUGUGCAAACCUCUGUAAAACAAAAAAAGUUAGAGCUCAACAAAAACAAAAAAAAUUCUGCCAGACUUUCUGUGUUUCUGCAACAAAUUUAAGCUCAUCACACGAAUAAGGCUGUGCAAAAAAUAAACAUGAAAAAAGCAACAAUAGGAAUGUACAAUUAUGUACUAAGAUCAUUAUAAUGCAGCAAAUAAAUAUGUGCAGUAAGAAAAAGUAUCGUCUCUUUGGGUAGUAGACUGUAACAAGAUUGGUCAGACUUUUUGUUGUUGUUGUUAAAAGCUAUCACCCCUUUAAGAAAAGAGCCAUUUUAGCUGCUUUCUUAAACACCUACCAGGGUCUUUUCAGUUCUAAUGUGACAGAUUAUCCCAGAUAUAAGACAGAUAUAAGGAAUUAGUUCCAUCAGGAAGCUUUUUCUUUUUCAUAUCACCACAGGCUACAAAAAAAAAGGAUUUUCCAGAGCCUAACAUGUCCACGUAUGCAGUUUUCUGACUUGCCGUGAAUGUAUACGGACCACUGUGCAAACAUCUGCACAAUUAAUAAGGAAACUGUAAAGUUGUAACAUGUCGUUACAAAAACAUUCCGCCAGAAUUUAGGACAGGACCGAAGGAUCCGGGUGACCAGACUGCAUGGUAGUUUUGUGUGUUUGUGGUGGUUUAGUGGUGAGUAGCCUGUGACGGAUUGUCCUGUAACAGAUCAGUUGAGCAUGCUUGACAUGCUUUGUCACACCAUCUAUGCAUUAGCAUUCAUACCUUCCCUUAUUUUGCCAUUUCACUUUCCUCAUCUUAUGACUCUUUCCCACCUGCCACGGCUCUAUAUCACUGUGACAGCGCGUCACAGAGGGGAAAGUUAAGUGUCUGAGCAAAUUUUACCUUGUACCACAGACCGUGCGGCUCCGCAUCGGAAGUUGAUAUGUGAAAAUGCAGCAGGAAAGCAUCACUUCGGGACCUUUGGACGGUGUUGACAAUAAGGGUCUCCAGUUGGGUGUCCAGUCGCAGACAGGUCCUCAGCAGCAAAACCAGCAGCUCCUCUUGACUCCAGCCAGCCUCCAACUCGCUCAGCUCCAGGCCCAGCUUACCCUCCAUCGCCUGAAACUGGCUCAGGAAGGCAACACAGCUGCUGCGGCCACUGUUCUCAAUCAGGUUCUCUCCAAUGUCAACAUGUCUCAGCCCUUGUUUAAUCAGUUACGGACUUCAACUAUGGUUGGAAGUCAACAGAGUGCCUUCCCCACAGGAGUUCUAGGUUUCCCCUCUUCAAAUUCAGCCUUGGGAGCCUUGGUCAGUGGGGGAUUCAACCAAAAUUCAGGCAAUGUUAGGCUGAACCAUCCUUGUGGAGGAGACGCAAUGGCUCAACAGGGCAAUGAGUAUGGGAAAAAGUCUGGGUCGACUUACCCCUCUGACACAGACAGACGACUUCAGUACAACUUAUCUGGAGGGACAUCUGCAGCAUCAGCCACUGCUGGUAACGGGCUGUCCACAGUUAUCAAUACUCAGGCAAAUAACAUGACCAACGUUGGUCUUCAGCGAGAUUUCUAUAGGCAGGAUAUGCAAGUACAACAAGCUGGGUUUAGUGAGCAGAAAAUGAACAUUUUUAACUCAAUGGGACAUAAAGAGCAAUGGCAAGGUCAAACCAACUUGUCUCACACCGGUAUGGUGGAUGUGGGUUCUAAUCCUCCCCCUGCGUGGACACCAGCUGGACAGCCGGCUCGGCCUAGGACUGAACUAUAUAACCCAGAGGAGCCAACCCGUGAUACGAAGUUAAACUGCAAUAGUGCAGCAGUUUCCUCUUUUGGUUCAAGUGGCAUGCAGGCUUUAGGACUCUACCAGCACCUGCACGGAAAAGAGGAAGCUUUAUCGUCAGGUACCAGGACACUUCAGCAUUAUCAAGUCAAUGAUUACCAUGCUGUUACACCCACUCAGCUGCCACACCAGUGUAGCAUUUGUGACAAGAAGGUCUACAACCUAAAGGACUGGGAACAGCACGUGAAGGGAAAGCUACACCUCCAGAAUCGAAUGUUGUAUGCAAAUGACGGUUCAGCGGUGGUAUCAGCUGGAGCUACUCACUAUGCUGUCAGCAGGCCUUCUGAUGGAGGUCUGAACCCCGCAGGAACGAACCCCAUAGUCUGUUCUGCUGCGAGUCAAGAUGUAUCCUCAGGAGCCAGUAUGUCAUACUUGCCAGCUACAGCCAUGAAGACUUACCCCACGCCAGACACAGGAUUUGCCUCACACCAGCCAGAGUCAAAGCCAUUUCCGAUCAGAAAGACCUCCGUCGGUCGAGUCGUCCACAUAUGCAACCUCCCUGAGGGCAGCUGCACGGAGACUGAUGUCAUCAACCUGGGAAUACCCUUUGGCAAAGUUACCAAUUACAUUCUCAUGCGGUCUACACAUCAGGCCUUUCUAGAAAUGGCAUAUGUAGAGGCAGCUCAUGCCAUGGUUCAGUACUACCAACUUACUCCAGCUAUGAUUAACAACCAAAAACUUCUAAUACGAAUGUCUAAGAGGUACAAGGAGCUGCAACUCAAGAAACCAGGUAAAGAUGUUCAAUCAAUCAUCCAGGAUAUUACCUCACAGCGGGAAAGGGAUGAGAUGCAACAACAUGAACACUUUGUACCAGAGCGAGCACGUUCUCGCAGCCCUAUCAGCCACUCUCUAAGUCCUCAUUCCCACAGCCCCAGUUUUACAUCAUGCAGCUCAGCCCACAGCCCCCAAGGGCCACCAUGCAGGGGUCCGGAGAGAGGCUCAGACGGCAUGGGCCCCCACCGGGGCUCAUGGGAGUGGUCGUCACACUUAAGAAGGGGUGAGGAUGAAAGGGAGAGGGAUGAUCCGUGGAGGAAUGGGGGCAGCGUGGAUGAUGAUCGACCUAAUGGUGGACGGGCGCCUGACCGUCGAAAGACCUACCAAAAAUCUUUAGAUCAUCUUAGUUUCAGAUCUACAGAUGAGCGAGGAGGUGGAGGUGGAGGAGAAGGGAUGAGGGGCAGAGACUGGCACCCACGAGGAAGCCCUCAACGCUCAUCCUAUAAUUCGUACAGGAACAUCGAAGAUGAUUUCUACAAGGAACAAGUGUACAAGUCAGACAAGCCGCUCAGAGCUCCAUACCAGCGACAUGACACAAAGCCAAAGAGGAGGGAUGGUGAUGACUACCACUCUAGGUCCAGGCAUUCAGAAUUUGAGAUGGCUGAUCAGAAACUUUGCAGAACACCGGAAAAUAAGAGGCAGAGUUCACCAGGCAGGGGCAGGAGUAAGAAAACAAGCAGAAGCUACACAGCUGCGGAGAAAAAAGAGAAAGAAAAUGCUACUGAAAAUACUGACCGCGAGUCAAAAGAAAAAUCAGUUUCACCUCAGCAAAUCAGUAAGACAAAAGAAACUUCUGAAGGUGGUAAAGACAGGGACGCUGAGAAGGAUCGGGAAAGUUGUGACGACACAGAUGAAGAGUGUUGGUAUCCUAAGAACAUGGAGGAACUGGUCACUGUAGAUGAAGUGGGAGGAGAAGAUGAUUCCAUUAUUGAGCCAGACCUUUCUGAGUUGGAAGAGUUUGCAUCCUGCCCCAAAGACUCAGCAGGGGAGCCAUCAGUAGAAGAGUCUAUAUUGCCGUCUUCCUCAUCCUCGGAGGUGCAGCCAACAUCUAAUGAGAAAUCUCCAGAGACUGAAAAGUCUUGUGGGGAUGCUGGAGACCAGGCAGCAACAACUGUAAAUGAGAAACAAGAGAAUGUUACAACUUCAGCCAAACCAGAAGAACAGAAAACGAAUCCAGUGACUUCUGAGUUACCAGUUGCUAACCUUAGUGAAUUCCCCAGUGAGGAGUUUAAAGCUGCAUUGAAGGAGACAUGCUUUGAAGGUAGUGAAAUAGCCGACAACGGGCCACCAGGAGAGACUAUGGAAAAUCACAUCUGUGUAUUAGAGGACAGCAAGACCCCAGAAGUAGGACAGGUCAUGGAAGUAGUCAAUAAUGGAGUGCAACACCAGGAUGAUGUUCAUAAAAAAGACUUUGAGGCCCGCUCACCAUCUUGUGAACAAGAUAGAGCUGUCAGUGAACACGGCAUUCCUUUGGGAGUGGAGUUUGUUGUGCCGAGAACCGGCUUCUACUGUAAACUCUGCGGACUUUUCUACACCAGCGAGGAAACUGCAAAGACCACUCACUGCCGCAGCACGGUCCAUUACAGGAACCUACAGAAAUACCUUUCCCAGCUGGCAGAGGUCAGUCUAUCGAGCGUGCUGACCAAACCUCCAGCUGCACAGUGACGAUACCUCGACCUCUCACCUGCUGCGAAACGAACAUCAGAGGAAGGAUUUCCUAAACGAUCCUAAAGCACGGAUAAUGCCAUACAUGGAACAGGCGGACAAAUACAAGAAUUCUGAUGUUUAUGGGAGAGCAAUGUUUGAAUGGCGCAGGCAAUAGAGGCUUUCAGGUUUGUACAUACGUGAAGUGAAAUGUAUAGUAAGGUUUUAAAAUUUAACUUCAAUUUUAUCAUUUUUCUUACAGUUUACUUUAAUGGUUUGUGUGAAAUGAAAUUAAGUUAUAUUGUUGGAAUAAAAGUGCAUUUACAUUUAUCUUAAAUUAUCUAGAAAAAAGUCUUUUACAGUUUGUGUUUUGAAUUUUGUCUCGUCAUCACUGAAACAACUGGGACAGACUUACGUCUGCUAAAUUACUUGAAUAUUUUGAGUAUUAAGUUUAUGAUUUUUUUUUUGUUACAGAGCCUGAGAGCUAUGUGUAUUUAAGAAAACUAGACAAUAACAAAAAAACAAACAUUUGUGGCAUUUGUUUUUUUCACUUGUGACAUCAUCAGUGAGGAUGUUUUCUUCAUCUGCUUGUGUUUUAUCUUCUCGUACGUCUUUGUGACGAGAGCUCUCAGGGCCACUGUAUUUUUUUCCCCCUCGGUUUAAAAACUGAGGCAGAUUCUCAGGUUUAUUGUUCUUGUUAAACAAAUUUCUCUGUAUAAAUAAUAAAAUUAACAUUUUUAUUUAUA